AGUCGUAAUGGAGGACGCGGAAAGGUGGUUGUGCAAACGAAACGAGCCAAACGUAGAAGUGCAUUCACUGAUUCGGAAAAGAAAAGAAAACGGCAACGUUUCCAAAAGUUGUAUCAGGCAUCAAGAGUAAAUAUUCAUGAAGAAUUCGAGAGAUGGUCAGCAGCAAAGAAGGCUCUUGAUGUGCAGUCAGAUGUUGAAGUAGCGAAACACCUGUUGGACAUAUUCUACGAACAACAGUCAGCUGUUGGCGUUGCGUCAACAAGCUCUGUUCAAGCAGCACUGACUUUGACACCCAUGGGUGCCGGACAGUUGGGGCGGUUUCCUGCUGCGACCACUGCACAUGUAUCAUCAAUAGGCAAAGAAAGAUUCUACGAACAACAGUCAGCUGUUGGCGUUGCGUCAACAAGCUCUGUUCAAGCAGCACUGACUUCGACACCCAUGGGUGCCGGACAUUUGGGGCGGUUUCCUGCUGCGACCACUGCACUCUCGGAUGUAUCAUCAAUAGGCAAAGAAAGCAGUGAGAGAACCAUUUCUGGCAUAGAGGCUGUACAAGAAAGUGCUAGUGAAGCUGAAAGAAGCAGUGAGCAAACAGUAUCAGCAGCAGAGAGCAUACUGGAGACUGCUAUCAAGGGUGGUGUGGCAAGUCGGCAGCCAUCGGACGUGCCUCAUACCACAAAGAGUGGCAGAGUCGUGGCACCUAAAAUGCUGUCAUCGUCAUUUGCAGAUCCGUUUAAUGUUUCGAUAGAAAUAUCUCAGGUGUCGGAGAGUGAUAACGACGACCUAUACGACUCGGACUAUGAGCCAAGCUUUACGGUGACAGCUGUACUACCAGAUGAAGUAAUAACAGCAACUGCAGAAGUGCCUUUUGAAGAAAUGGAGUUUGGCAUGGAGGUGCCGGAUGAUGAUGUCGGGGAGGAUGACACAACAGAAGAGGUUGGGCCGGCUAUCGAUCGGGUGAAAACGGAGGAUGACUGUACAAGAAUAACAGAUGACAUUGUCUGCCUGUCAUUCUUGAAACAGAUAAAGACACUGGCGAACACCCAUGUUACGCAGUGUACGCAUUGUUCCAGCCCUGUGGCAAUUGAGGAGAAAUUCGUGGGAUCAGCGUUGUAUCUGAAAUGGAUCUGCAAGAACAAGCACCUUGUGCACGAAUGGUGUUCACAGCCACUGUUAAAUAAACGCUUGCACAGCAUAGACUUCCUGAUUGCUGCGUCCAUUCUGACGUCAGGCAACAAUUUUCACAAGAUGGCUCUAUGGGCGGAGCACUUAAGACUGAAGUUUGUGUCGGAAGCCACGUUCCACAACAUUCAAAGAUGCUACCUGGUGCCAACAAUAGAGAACUUCUGGAGUGACCACCAGAAAGAAGUAGUAGCAGAGAUGAAAGACAAGGAGCUUGUUGUACUAGGCGAUGGACGAAUGGACUCUCCAGGUUAUUCUGCCCAGUACUGCAGCUACACUAUCAUGGAGAGUGAGUCUAAAAAAAUACUAACUCUUAAAACACUGGACAAACGAGUGACUGACAGAAAGUCUACGAAUAUGGAGAAGAAGGGAUUUAGCGACGCCCUGGGUGAAGUAAUGGCCAAAGGUUUGAAGGUGAAAGAAGUUGUCACAGAUGCGCACAUGGCAAUAGGAGCAUUCAUGAGGACUCAGUAUCCUGACGUGAAGCACUCAAACGAUGUGUGGCAUGUUGCAAAAAAUUUGGGGAAGAAGAUCAUUUCGGCAGGACAACAGAAAGGAUGCGAAUCCCUGCAGAAAUGGGCUAGAGACAUCAUCAACCAUUUCUGGUUUACGUGUCAAAAAGCGCAGACGUAUGCCGAGUUCCUGAACAUAUGGAGAAGCGUACUUAACCAUGUCGUUAAUGAGCACCACUGGAUUCUGCCCCAUGGGCGAGGAACAAACAAGUGCCUGCAUGGUCCACUGAAUGACGAUGAGCGGGACAAACCGUGGCUGGACAGAAAGGCAGACUCCGAAGCGUUGGCAACCCUUGCCAAGAUCGUUCUUGACAAACGGUUCCUCAACAGAGUCGGCUACGUGCUGAAUUUUAG